GCCCAUUCUAAGAACUAAAGAAGAGCACGAGGCUGUAUAUACAAUAAUGACAGUCAUUCCUGAUAUCAGUAAGCAACUAUCUGAUGAACAGAUGAAGGAAAUCAGCAAAAUAGUUCUGAGAGAAUACUGGGUGAAGGGAAGUACAGUGGAUGCAAGCCAAGGAUUCUAUACAAUACUAAGAGGCUCUGUUAAGCCACAGACAAAGUAUUACAAAAGGCUUAUUGGAGGAAAUUUUAUUUCACUGCCUCUUCAGGUGACUUCUUCUACCUCGAUCAAAUCAAAACCAACCCAAUUUGCAUCAUCUCAUAUGUUUGGUGUAGGGUGCUGUUUUGGGACUUUGGUACCACUCCCUUCAAAGAUGAAACAUGAGGUACUUACUGUUCUUACAGAGGAAAACUGCGAUUUUCUCAAAAUUCCAUCUAUCAAUUACUUAAAGAUAAAAGAGAAAAUAACAAAACGUGAACAGCAGGCCAAAGAAGAAGUAAUCCAUGGCUCUCCAUAUUACCAAAACUGGCCUUUGGUAUUUAUAUUUAAGUUAACUGCUCAGUUAAAAUGGAGGAAGUUCCCAAUAGACCAUGUGUUCAUGAAAGAAGGAGAAAUAAGCAAAUAUGUAGGAUUCAUUAAAUCUGGAUGUUGCAAUGCUUACCGAAUAAUUCCGGCUCUUGUAAAGCGACCUUUGGGGAAAAUGGUUAAACAAAUGAGACAAGUUCUCAUUGGCCAAUUAUGUCAAAAACAAUCCUUUGGAGAAGUGAGCAUUCUUCUUCAGACACCAUCUACAUAUACAUUGAAAGGAGCAACCCCUGUUGAACUGGGACUUAUUGAUGCUACAGAUGUACUUG